UUGCUAGAAUUGACAAAUCCGCCCCCCCCCCCCCGCUUUUGUGCUUGAUUGAGGUGGUCGAAAAGGGAACAUAAAUACCUCCUUGACAUCGCACCAAAAUGAAUCAGCAGCAGCAGCAGCAGGUAGCAUUGAGACAGCAGAAUGUACAGCCUAGGGUCGUGGGUCGCCCUGUUGGGCGCUCUGUCGCUCAGCUCCGCUGCACCGACGGAGCAGAACAUUACCAGUGAUACAUACUUCUACGGCGACUCACCCCCGGUUUACCCCUCUCCGGAGGGCACCGGUACUGGUUCCUGGGCCGCAGCAUACGAAAAAGCAAAGAGCUUCGUCGCUCAGCUCACAGACGAGGAGAAGGUCAAUUUCACGGCAGGCUACAGUACCAGCAAUGGCUGCUCCGGAAACAUCCCGGCCGUCUCCCGCUUGGGCUUUCCUGGGCUCUGUGUCUCGGAUGCUGGCAAUGGCUUGCGUGGAACGGACUUCGUGAAUGGCUGGUCAAGUGGGAUUCAUGUCGGUGCAAGUUGGAACAAAACCCUUGCUCACCAACGAGCGCUCUACAUGGGGCAGGAGUUCCAUCGGAAGGGUGUCAAUGUUCUGCUGGGCCCAGUAGUCGGCCCGAUUGGUCGUAUCGCGGAAGGUGGUCGGAACUGGGAGGGCUUCUCCACCGAUCCCUAUCACAGUGGUGUACUGGUCUACGAGACCGUUCAAGGUGUACAGGAAGCUGGUGUUGGAGUCUCUGUGAAGCACUAUAUCGCAAAUGAGCAAGAGACCAACAGAAACCCUUCGACAGAGAACGGAGUCACGGUUGCCUCAGUAUCUUCUAACAUCGACGACAAGACGAUCCAUGAACUCUAUCUCUGGCCAUUCCAAGAUGCGGUCCUGGCGGGAAGUGUCUCAGUCAUGUGCUCGUACAACCGAGUCAACAACUCCUAUGGCUGCCAGAACAGCAAAACACUGAACGGGCUACUGAAGACGGAGUUGGGCUUCCAAGGCUAUGUUGUCACUGACUGGGGUGCCCAACACGCCGGAAUCGCCGGGGCCAACGCCGGUCUGGACAUGGUCAUGCCACGCAGCACCACCUGGAACUCCAACCUCACGACGGCCGUUGCCAACGGCAGUAUGGAGGCAUCCAGGCUUGAUGAUAUGGUUACUAGGAUUGUUGCAUCCUGGUACCAAUUGAACCAGGACACCGACUUCCCAUCCCCAGGCAUCGGCAUGCCUGCCGACGUCUACGCCGAGCAUGAAGUCAUCAUCGGGACAUCCGCCGAUGAAAAGGAUACUUUACUACAGAGCGCAAUCGAGGGACACGUACUCGUCAAGAACAAGAACUCCGCUCUCCCGCUCCAGUCGCCACGUCUUGUCUCCGUUUACGGCUACGACGCAAAAGGCCCCGACUCCACAGGCCCGACCUCCACGUUCUCGGCUGUCAUUCCCGCCACCCAGAACUACACACUCUGGGUCGGUGGCGGCUCUGGAUCCAACAAUCCUGCCUACAUCACCGCCCCGCUCGACGCCAUCCAGGCACAGGCCCGCGCAGACAGCACCGCCGUCCAAUGGGAUACCACAUCGUCCGACCCCGACGUCGACCCCGCUUCGGAAGCCUGCCUGGUCUUCAUCAACAGCUACGCCUCCGAAGGCGACGACCGAACCGGCCUAGUCGACGCCGACAGCGACACCCUCGUGACGAAUGUAGCUAGCAAGUGCAACAAUACAAUCGUCGUGAUCCACAACGCAGGCAUCCGGCUGGUAUACAACUGGAUCGACCACGCGAACGUCACGGCCGUAAUCCUGGCGCACCUGCCGGGCCAAGACACCGGCACGGCCAUCGCAGAUCUGCUGUACGGACGCGCCAACCCAUCCGGCCGCCUGCCCUACACGGUGGCCAAGCAGGCGGCCGACUACGGGGCGCUGCUGCACCCGGCGCAGCCCGUCGCGCCCUACGGCCUGUUCCCGCAGGACGACUUCACCGACGGCGUCUACAUCGACUACCGCGCAUUCGACCGCGACAACAUCGUUCCGCAGUUCGAGUUCGGCUUCGGCCUGUCCUACACCACCUUCGACUACGCCGAGCUGAACAUCCAGCGCUCCGCCGUCGAGGCCACGCAGUUCCCGCCCGCUGCCACCAUCCAAGAAGGAGGCAACCCGCGGCUCUGGGACGUACUCGCCAAUGUCACGGCCCAGGUGCGCAAUGCCGGCGCCAUGGACGGGGCCGAGGUCGCGCAGCUGUACGUUGGCAUCCCCGGUGGGCCCGUUCGCCAGCUGCGCGGAUUCGACAAGGUGCAUGUGCCCGUUGGCGAGACAGUCUCUGUCACUUUUCCCUUGACAAGACGCGAUCUGAGUACCUGGAACGUGGAGGCGCAGGACUGGGAGCUGCAGCAGGGAGAAUACAAGGUGUAUGUGGGCCGGUCGAGCCGGGAUUUGCCUCUGACGGGCGAGUUGUCUAUUUAAGCUGGUGGUCGGCACUGCGCAGGGUAGUUCAGGGUAGUGGUAAGCACGAUUCAGUCUAACAAACUUAUAUUCUUGGUUUAUU